AUGUCGGCGACCGAAGUCAAGCUCUUCGGGAAGUGGACCUACGAAGAUGUUAUGCUUUCGGACCUGAGCUUGGUUGAUUACAUUGCGGUGAACAAGGCCGCGCAGUCCUUCCUCCCGCACACGCAGGGACGUUACCAGAUGAGGCGGUUCCGCAAGGCCCUGUGCCCAAUCGUGGAGCGCCUCUGCUGCUCCAUCAUGAUGCAUGGGAGGAACAACGGUAAGAAGCUCAUGGCAGUGCGCAUCGUGAAGCACGCUUUCGAGAUCAUCCACCUGCUCACAGACAAGAACCCCAUCCAGGUGUUCGUAGAUGCAGUCAAGAACGGCGGUCCUCGCGAAGACUCCACUCGCGUCGGAUCCGCUGGUGUCGUGCGGCGACAGGCUGUGGAUGUCUCCCCGCUUCGACGGGUGAACCAGGCCAUUUACCUCAUCUGCACCGGAGCCCGAAACAGCGCUUUCCGAAACAUCAAGUCUAUCUCAGAGUGCCUUGCAGAUGAGAUCAUGAAUGCUGCAGCUGGGCCAUGA